CUUCCGUUGCUCAGCGGAAGUGUGGGUCGCAAAAGGACGACUCUGGGAAGAAUCCGUUCUCCGCCGUGUCUGCACAACGGGAAUCAUGUCGAGCUUGGCGGUGAGAGACCCAGCAAUGGAUAGAUCACUGCGUUCCGUGUUCGUGGGGAACAUUCCGUAUGAGGCAACUGAGGAGCAGUUAAAGGACAUUUUCUCAGAGGUUGGUUCUGUUGUCAGUUUCCGGCUGGUGUACGAUAGAGAGACCGGAAAACCCAAGGGUUAUGGCUUCUGCGAGUAUCAAGACCAGGAAACCGCGCUUAGUGCCAUGCGGAACCUGAACGGGCGGGAGUUCAGCGGGAGAGCGCUUCGGGUGGACAAUGCUGCCAGUGAGAAGAACAAGGAGGAGUUAAAGAGCCUAGGGCCUGCAGCGCCCAUCAUUGACUCACCCUAUGGGGACCCCAUCGAUCCAGAAGAUGCCCCAGAAUCAAUUACCAGAGCAGUUGCUAGUCUCCCCCCGGAGCAGAUGUUUGAGCUGAUGAAGCAGAUGAAGCUCUGUGUCCAAAACAGCCACCAGGAAGCUCGAAACAUGUUACUUCAAAACCCACAGCUGGCUUAUGCACUGUUGCAGGCACAAGUAGUGAUGAGAAUCAUGGAUCCAGAGAUUGCUCUGAAAAUUCUGCAUCGCAAGAUACAUGUCACACCACUCAUCCCAGGCAAAUCUCAGUCUGUUUCUGGCCCUGGCCCGGGUCCUGGGCUGUGCCCAGGUCCUAAUGUUCUGCUCAACCAGCAGAAUCCUCCAACCCCUCAGCCUCAGCAUCUGGCUAGAAGACCUGUGAAAGACAUCCCUCCUCUGAUGCAGACCCCGAUCCAGGGUGGAAUUCCAGCCCCGGGGCCAAUACCAGCCGGGGUUCCUGGACCUGGUCCCGGUUCCUUAACUCCUGGUGGAGCAAUGCAGCCCCAAGUUGGAAUGCCAGGGGUUGGUCCGGUGCCUUUAGAGCGAGGACAGGUGCAGAUGUCGGAUCCUAGAGCGCCUAUGCCUCGUGGACCCAUGACUGCUGGUGGCCUGCCUCCUCGAGGACUGUUAGGAGAUGCUCCCAAUGACCCACGUGGAGGGACUUUGCUUUCAGUCACUGGAGAAGUAGAGCCCAGAGGCUAUCUUGGUCCACCUCAUCAGGGUCCCCCUAUGCACCAUGCCUCUGGUCAUGACAACCGUGGCCCUUCUUCACAUGAGAUGAGGGGAGGGCCAUUAGCAGAUCCCAGACUGCUAAUUGGAGAGCCCAGAGGACCUAUGAUAGAUCAAAGGGGCCUACCUAUGGAUGGCAGAGGUAGUAGAGAUUCUCGAGGGAUGGAGACUCGAGCCAUGGAAACUGAGGUCUUGGAGACACGAGUAAUGGAGAGAAGAGGAAUGGAGACCUGUGCAAUGGAAACCAGAGGAAUGGAAGCAAGAGGCAUGGAUGCAAGAGGAAUGGAGAUAAGGGGCCCUGGCCCCAGUUCGAGAGGCCCUAUGACUGGUGGAAUCCAGGGUCCUGGACCCAUUAAUAUGGGGGCAGGUGGUCCUCAGGGACCCAGACAGGUCCCAAGCAUUUCAGGGGUGGGAAAUCCUGGAGCUGGCAUGCAGGGGGCAGGCAUACAAGGAGCAGGCAUGCAGGGAGCGGGCAUACAAGGGACAGGCAUGCAGGGAGCGGGCAUACAAGGAGUAGGCAUGCAGGGGGCGGGCGUACAAGGAACAGGCAUGCAGGGGGCAGGCAAGCAAGGUGGAGGCCAGCCUAGCAGUUUUAGUCCUGGGCAGAGCCAAGUAACUCCCCAGGAUCAGGAAAAGGCAGCUUUGAUCAUGCAGGUUCUUCAACUGACUGCAGAUCAGAUUGCCAUGCUGCCUCCUGAGCAAAGGCAGAGCAUCCUGAUUUUAAAGGAACAGAUCCAGAAAUCUACGGGAGCUUCUUGAAAAGUUUUAGAAAAUGUUUAGCAGUAGUCCCAGAAAGUUUUUUUGUAAUGGAGAAUGGGUGCAGAAAGCUGACUUCUGCAUCCCCACACUUGAAUGAUUAGAGUUUCUCUCCUCCCAGAACCUAAUCUUAUUUCUUCUUGUUGUCUUUUUCUUUUUUUCUGUUUUCCUUUUUAUUUUUAAUUG